UUGAAAAAAAGACCAAUCAUCAUUCCGGAGUAACAAUGGUGGUCUACGAGGUGACCGUCUACACUGGCGACCGCGUUCAUGCCACCACAUUGAACUACAUCUACAUUAAGCUGGUGGGCACCGAAGGCGAGAGUGACCGGACAUGGCUGAUGUCUUUGAUUAUCUUCAGGGGAGCAGUGUCUACUUAUACUGUGACCUGCGAAAAAUCCCUCGGACAGCUACUUCUGAUAGAACUGGACAAACAAAAAAAUUUCAUGGUCCUUAGUGACGCUUGGUUCCCUGACAAGGUGGAAAUCAAAUCACCCGAGGGCGACGUCUACACUUUCCCCGUCUACUGCUGGAUCAGUGACACUAAGACUCACCGCUACAGAGAGGGGAAAGCUCUGAGGAUCUUUGAAGAAAACAACCCUCUUGGUCAGUACGCACGGGAACAGGAGCUGAGCCAGCGGAGUAAAGACUAUAGCUGGGACAUGUAUCACCCAGGCAUGCCAUACAGCAUUAAGGCAGAUGGUCCCCUUACCCUGCCAGAUGAGAUCCAGUUCUCCUUCACCAAAAGUACACAGUUUGCCUUCACGGCGGCCACUGGGUUAACAGAGCUGAAGCUAAAGGGCCUGGCAGAAAACCACGACAGUUGGGAGGAUCUCGACGAUAUCAAUGAAGUGUUCCAUAAAAAAGACACAGCCUUAUCAGAUUACGUCCAGGAACACUGGAAGGAGGAUGACUUCUUUGGAUACCAAUAUCUAAACGGCGUCAAUCCCAUCCUGAUCCGACGUUGCAAAACUCUGCCGACAAACUUCCCCGUGACCAAUGACAUGGUUUGCAUCCCUGCGGGCUCAGACCUGUCUAAUGAGUUGAAGCAAGGCAACAUUUACCUGUGCGACUACAAGAACCUGGACGGAAUGCCAGCAAACACAGUCGUUGGAGAGCAGCAGUACUUAACGGCGCCCCUGGUUUUGUUUCACAAGAGACCAGAUGACAAGCUGAUGCCUAUUGCCAUUCAGCUGAAACAGACCCCAGGUGAAGACAACCCCAUCUUCCUCCCCACUGACUCCACCCAUGACUGGCUGACGGCAAGGAUAUUUGUUAGAAGCGCCGACUUCUCAGAGCAUCAGCUCAACACGCACUUGCUGCGCACGCACCUGCUGGCCGAGGUCUUUGCCGUGUCGCUGCUACGCAACCUACCUAUGGUGCAUCCCCUCUACAAGCUCCUCAUACCCCACACUCGCUACACCCUGCAUAUCAACGAACUAGCUCGAGAUACGCUGAUCGGCCCCACCGGAGUCUUCACCUUGUCUGCAGCUUCCGGCGGAGUUUCUUUAAACAGGAUCCUGGCGAGAUCGCUGUCCACCAUCACCUACACUUCCCUUUGUAUCCCAGAUGACAUCGCUGAGCGCGACAUGCAGGACGUCCCCAACUACUACUACAGGGAUGAUGGGCUCAAGAUCUGGAACAUCAUGUACAAGUUUGUGCAAGGACUGCUAGAGUAUUACUACAAAAGUGACGACGACGUCCUGAAAGAUUCAGAACUGCAGACUUGGAUCGGGGACAUUUUUGAACAUGGCUUUCUUUCCCAGCCACAAACAGGAAUCCCUCAGAGUUUCACCACUGUGCCUGAGAUGAUCAAGUUCGUCACCAUGGUGAUGUUCACUUGUUCCUGCCAGCAUGCGGCUGUAAACAGCGGGCAGUACGACUACAGCGGCUGGAUGUCCAACAGCCCCCCGACUUUGCAGCGUCCUCCCAUGACGAAAAAAGGGACAACGACGGAGGCCACAAUGUUGGCCACGUUACCUCCCGUCAGUGUGACAGCUUCGAUCAUGAACGUACUAUGGCUGCUCAGCAGUCAGUCGUCAGACUUUGUUGCCCUGGGACACUACCCAGAGGACCACUUCACUGAGGAGAACCCCCGCCAGCUGCAGAGGGAGUUUAAAGCAGAGCUGGAGGUGCUGACUACAGACAUCAGGAAGAGGAAUGCAGAUCUGGAAAUCCCUUACACUUACCUGGAUCCAAAGAGCGUGGAGAACAGCGUGGCCAUCUAAAACUAGUCUACCAACGUGUCGUAUAUUUCUGCUUUGAUCUUAUGUUAUGCAUUCAUAUUUGUCUUUUUGCAUGAUAAUUAAUAAUAAUUAAUAUUUGCCUUUUUGCAAUGCUGAAAACAGGUACUGAAGCAGAACCUCUAAAUAAGCACAAUCAGAUAAAAGUGAAAGUAUAAUUACUCACCUUUUGAAGGCACAGCAAGUUAUUUGCAGAACUGUACCUACACCUAGUGGCCUGUCAUACACUGCAAAAACUGAAAUCUAAGUAAGAUGAAAUAUCUCAAAUAAGGGUGAUAUUUGCUUAUUUUCUGUCUGAUAAGAUAAUUCUUCUCACUAUGCAGAUUUUACGUAAGAGUGUUUUACUUGUUUUACGGGUUUUGGUCCUAAAUGAUCUCAGUAAGAUAUUACAGCUUGUUGCUGAGAUUUGAUGACAUAUAUUGAGUAAAACAUGCUUGAAACGAGAAUAUCAACUGAUGCAAAGCUGUGUCAUCAAAACUCACAAGUAUAAAACUACUUCUUUAAAGUAAUCAUUUCUUACUUCAAGCAUGAAAAAAAAAAAUCAUGACUGACACAAUUGUGUCUCAUAAUUAAAACAGAUGACAGCCAAAUGGACUUUGUUGUUUUAUUUACAAUGAAAACAAUAGAAAAUACGUACUCAUAUAGUAGUACAGUUGGCACAGUACAGUAAACUAAUAUUUCAACAUUUAUGUGACAUUUCUAAUAAUUUUGAACAGAAAUAGUUCAUGCACAUUCAGAUAAAUUCUUUAAAAUUACAAUUUAAAACAUUUUGGCCGGGGGCCGGGCUGUAUAUAUGCGCACUAAUUGAUUGAAAGAGCACGCACUUGGCGCGAUGAUGUCAUGUUGUCGAUGGAAAAAUGCAUUUUUAGAGAAUAUGAUUUGCCUGAGCGGCUAGUAGACCCCGAGAGUAACAAGCGGUUGCCUUGUUGCCUUUCCAUUAAGAACAAUAAAUUAGUUUUUAGUAUAAGUUUGCUGUUUUCUAGAAAUGUAAUACCGAGCGCAUAUCAUUAUGUCAAGAAAAGUGCACUUGUUGUUAGUGAGAAUAUACUUAUUUUAAGUAUUUUUGGGUUCAUUGAAGUUAGCUAAGUUUAUUUGUUUUGGAAAGUCUCGACAAGCCAAAUUUUCUUGUUCUAUUGGCAGAUAAUAUUGCUUCCUGAAAAAAAUCAAAUAAAAUUAGGGGUAUUUUAUUUGAUUUUUUUCUUGUUUUUGAACACUGACUUUUUGCAGUGUAGGUAUUGCUUGAUUCAACUAAAUAAAGUGUCGUUUUGUUUGCA